AUGGAUCCCAAUAAUCAUUUUAACACUCAAAAUUCUGCUAAUUUUCCAUUUAACCAAAAUCCCAACAAUUAUCAAAAUCCCAACUAUUAUCAAAAUCCAAAUCAAUUUUCCAACCAACAUCCUCAAAACAUACCUAAUUUUGGUUUUCCACCAAAUUUCAACCAGUCAUUCUCUGUUCCAAACUUUCAACCAUAUUAUGGAUCUAUGCCGAGAAAUCCAUCUCAAACACCCCCGUUUAAUGGUUAUGUGACAAUGGCGAAUGCAAAUUUUCCAAGUGGUGGUGUACCUGAAUUUCCCGAGUUUUCAACACAACUAACUAUUGGUGGCAUGAUAGUUUCUAAUGAAGUCGCUCCAAAUUCAGAGGAUUCAACUCCUAAGAGCAGGAAAACUCAGCAACCAGCAUGGAACACUGAACAAAAUUUGGUGCUAAUUAGUGGGUGGAUUAAAUUUGGAACAAGCAGUGUUGUCGGGAGAAACCAGAAAGGUGAAACAUAUUGGGGUAAAAUUGCUGAGUAUUGUAAUGAGCAUUGCUCAUUCGAUCCUCCGCGUGAUGGACCUGCAUGCCGAAACCGUUUUAAUUAUAUGAACAAAGUGUUGGGUAAAUGGAUUGGCGCUUAUGAUGGCGCUAAGCGUAUGCAAGGAAGUGGUUGGUCGGAGAAUGAUGUUUUGGCAAAAGCGCAGGAAUUAUAUGCAUGUGGGAAGAAUGUUAGAUUCACUUUAAUGGAAGAAUGGCACGCUCUCCGAAAUAUUGGCUCAGGAAGUAGUGGAUCUAAGAGAUCUCGCGAGAGUGAUGCAUGUGGCUCAAACACUGUAGAAUCCAGUGCUCGUCCUAUAGGAAGGGAAGCAGCUAAAAAAAGGGCUAACAAUAUAGCCUUGGAAAAGACUAAAACCAAGAAAAUGAAGAUGUAUCUAAAGCUAACUUCCGAAGAGCAUCUAGAUGACCGGAAGAACCAGCUGUUGAAAAAGUUGGAGGCAGAACUGUUUGAUAAUUAA